CAUUACACUAAGCGCCUCCUGUUGGCAGCUAACCUAAGACGUCAGCUUUAAGUCGGUGAUGGAUGGUAGGUAGUCGAGACUAACCCUCGUAUUCCUAGCAUUCGAACAUUGACUGCACUGGUUGACGACAGAUUUCCGAGAUUUUUACCUUCUAAAUCCAGUUAAAAACCGGUGGAAUGCAAUCAGAAAGCUAAAAUCAGCUGAAUCUCGCUCUACAUCGCCGCUAUCCCUGACGGCGCUGAACCAUGGCUCUCCCCUUCCGCGACAUCAACGUCCAAACCGCCUCGGACUCCUACAUCUUCUCCUCGCCGUCGAGCCCUAAUGCGCCCGCCCUAUGCGUUGACCGCCCAACGGGCGACAUUAGGCUGAGCGAUGCAUCCCUCCUCUCCGGGAAACGUGUGUCCCGCGUUACCAGCAUCGCCGGCAUCCUGGGCAUGAUCCGGUUACGGCUUGACAAGUACAUCAUCGUCAUCACCAAGGCCCAGCCCGUUGGGAGACUGCGCGGGAACAUGGUGUACAAGAUCAUCGCGACCGAGCUCCUGCCCCUGCGCGAGCGCCAAGUGCACGACCCCGAUGAAGACCGCUUCCUCGCACUCUUGCGCAGCUUCAUCAAGUCCGGUCCCAUGUACUUUUCGUACUCGGUCGACAUCACGAACAGCUUCCAGCGCCAAGCGCAGCAGGACACCUCGAGCCCGCUUUGGAAGCGCGCCGACGACCGCUUCUUCUGGAACCGCUUCAUCCAAUCUGACCUAAUCGACUUCCGUACCCGUGGUGGCCGUGGUCAGCCAGCUCCCCAGCCCGGCAUUGACCCCUACAUUCUACCUGUCAUCUUUGGCAUGCUCGAGAUCCACCCGACGACUUUCAAGGGCACACCCGUGACAAUAGCCCUGAUCACAAGACGGUCUCGGCACCGGGCAGGCACCCGUUACUUCACACGGGGCCUCGAUGACCAGGGAAACGCCGCCAACUACAACGAGACUGAACAGGUGCUCAUACUUAACGACAGCGCUGCAGGUCUCGGCGGGUCUGCCAGCAGCUCAGGUCCAGGGUGGCAGCGCAACCCAUCGGGCGAGGGCAAAGACAUGCAAAUCAUGUCAUAUGUGCAAACGCGGGGCAGCGUGCCAGCAUACUGGGCCGAGGUCAACACCCUCAAAUACACGCCCAAGCUCCAGAUCCGCGCCAUCGAGGCCGCCUUCCCCGCCGCCAAAGCCCACUUCGACGAGCAGAUCCGCAUCUACGGCGACAAUUACCUCGUGAACCUCGUCAACCAAAAGGGUCGCGAGCAGCGCGUCAAGCAGGCGUACGAGCAGGUUGUCGAAAUGCUCGUCUCCAACCCCAAGGAGCGCACGCAGGCCGACCAGCGCACCGAAGAGAAAUUCCACACCAUCGAGACCGGAGGCCAACCACGCUCGGACUUCGACCGGCUGCACUACAUCUACUUCGAUUUCCACGCCGAAACGAAAGGCCUCCAAAUGCAUCGCGCCCAGCUGCUCAUCGACCGGAUGCGCGAGGCGCUCGUCGCGCAACAGUAUUUCCGCGCCACGGACAUGCCCGGCAGCCGCAUCGACGGGCGGCUGGAGGUGCGCAACCUACAGACGAGCGUCGUGCGCACCAACUGCAUGGACUGCCUGGACCGCACCAACGUGGUGCAGAGCAUGCUCGCGCGUUGGACGCUCGACCGCAUUUUUAUUGACCUCGGCCUUCUGGCGCCCGGGUCGCGCUUCGCCGACGAGGACGACGCGUUCGAGCUGCUGUUCCGGAAUAUGUGGGCUGAUAACGCCGAUGUCGUGUCGAAGAGCUACUCCGGGACCGGCGCGAUGAAGACGGAUCUGACGAGGCUGGGGAAGCGAACCAAGGGAGGCGCCUUGCAGGACGCAAACGUGGCGGUGACGCGGUACUGCAAGAACAACUUCCUGGACGGCCCCCGGCAGGAUGCCUUCGACCUGUUCCUGGGCGCCUACCAGGUGCCGCCGGGCGGGAUUGGGACCAGCUUUAUCUUUGCGGACCGCCGGCCUGUCUGGAUCCAGAGCGUGCCAUACAUUGCCGCCUUCGGCCUCUUCUUCGUCCUGGUAGCAACAUACACGCCGCGGUUGCCCGACGCAACCGUCUGGCCGCUGCGGCUGUUCAUGUUCUUCUGGGCCGCUGUCACGGCCUGGUGUGUGCACUUCAUCCUCAGCAACGGCAUGCUUUAUGUCAACUGGCCCAAGCUGAAUCCUCGGCCGUGGGCAACAGAGGGUUACCACGAGACCAUCAGCCGGGUGCGCAAAGACCGGCUGCUGGGGCCACUGGUGGCGCGGCACGAGCGCGGUCUCAGCACAGCGAGAUACAUCAACGCUGAGGAAGGAAAGAAGAGGAUCGAGUAGACUUUGCUUCGCAUUUUGUUGUGUGUUUGUAGACCUUUUUCUAAGAUUCGCAAUCAUGGCUUUGCUUCGGUUCGUAUCUGCCUGUUGUUAUUACUGGGUGUAAUCGGAACCUUAGAGUUCAAUUCGAGCGAGGUAGAGGGAUAUUGAGAUUGGAGCGACUGGUUUUGUCGUGGGUGCUGUUCCCCUAGGCUUGUAAUAUUAAGUAAGGUAUUGUACACAUACUAGAAUACUCAAAGAUAACUUGGUCCUACGAGUUCAGUGACUCGCAGAGUCACAGGCCAUUGUCCCCAUCAGCCGGUACAGG